UUUAGUCGGCUGGUCAGUAUGUCUGACAUUUCGUCAAAGGCGAUGAAUGACGGGUUGUCUGCCAAAUAUGAUGGGAAACAAAUCAUAUCAUUGGAAAUGUAUAUGUAAACAACGGAGAGAAGAUAGCUUGUCAGGAUAGAGAGAGUCUGGCUUUACGUAAUUGUUUCAAAGGUGCACAUUCUAAAACGCCUAGAUGCAUUCUCUGACCAUGGGGCAGGGCUGUAGCAGCAGCUCAGGUGCCUCCUCUGGCUCGGUGGUACAGGUGUGCUUCCCCAGCUCCCAGGCGUCUGUACUGGACAGCCUGAACAGGCAGCGCGAGGAGGGCCAGCUCUGUGACCUCUCCAUCCAGGUCCAGGGGCAGGUGUUCAAGGCCCACCGCUGUGUGCUAGCUGCAUCCUCACCCUACUUUCACGACCAGGUGCUCUUGAAGAACAUGUCCACCGUCUCCAUCCCUGCCGUCAUGGACCCGCUGGCGUUCGAGAGCGUCCUGAGCUGCGCCUACACGGGCCAGCUGCGCAUGCUCCGCGAAGACAUCGUCAACUACCUCACCGUGGGCAGCGUGCUGCAGAUGUGGCACAUCGUGGACAAGUGCACAGAGCUCCUCAAAGAGGGGCGGUUGACGGGGAGUGGGAGUGCAGCCCAGGGCGUCAUUGGGGGAGCGCAGGGGAACCCUGGAUGCAGUAGCAGUGAAAGCUCCAUCGGGGCUGGGAGUGCCCAAGCUGGGGGAAGCAACACCCAGCCGGCCCCUCACCCUCCCAGCCGCCCGUCCCUGAGUGAGAGCCAGUCUCCCAGCAGCACCAACUACUUUAGCCCCAGAGACACCAACUUCGGAGGGGGAGCGGCGGCCGCUGGAGCUGCAGGGGAGGGAGGCGUGAACUCCACCCCCAACUACUGCACCCCUUCUGGGGGCGAGGAGGCUUUCCUCAUUGAAGAAGAGGAUGAAGAUGAGGAAGAAGAGCUCCUGUACCAUAGGAAACGAGGGAGCAGCAGGAGGAAGCCAACGGCCUCUGUCUCAGACCAAGAGGUUGGAGUCAGCGAUAGCUUCGGGGUGUCAUCCUACCAAGAUGGGGAUGCCUCCCCUCUCCAGAAGCGGCCCACAUACAGCCAGCCCAGCAUCAUGCCCCGGAAGCAGUGGGUGGUGGUAAAAACAGAGAGGCCCCAGGACGAUGACCUGAUCGUGGUGUCGGGUGAGGAAGGACCAGAUGAGGAAGAGGAGAGAGAGUUGGAGAUGCUGAGGGAGAGGGAGAGGACGUUCAACAUAUCCAACAUUAGGACUCUGUCUGGAGAGUUGAGCAGCAAAGCGGACCAUGAGAUGGAGACACAGAUGGAUUACUGCCAGUCUUCUGAAGACUACCUCAAGUUUGACAGUGGUUUGAUGGACCAGACUCCCCCACAGCACCUUCAUGACAGCGCUGGUCAGAGUGGUGGCAGAACCGUCUCAGCCCUACUAGGCCAAGUCCAGUCUGCUGCUGCUGCUAGAGCUCAGCUCUUUCCCAUAGACAUGCAAGGCAACCAGAUCCUCAUGUACAGACAAUCCUCUCUAGAUUCCUCUCAACCCAUAGGAAUGGGAGGUGGUAUGGCCGGGGCACCAUUUAAAGGGCCAAACCUGGAGCAUGGAGCAGUCCAUUUGUCAGCACAGGGGGAUUUGGGCGGUGGCUUAGAUGGACUGGACGGGGGUGGUGGCGGGAGUUCAGGGAAGGUGUUCAUGUGCCACUGUGGAAAGACCUUCACCCACAAGAGCAUGCGUGACCGUCACAUCAACAUGCACCUGGACCUGCGGCCUUUCAACUGCCCGGUUUGCGCCAAGAAGUUCAAGAUGAAGCACCACCUGACGGAGCACAUGAAGACCCACACGGGGCUCAAGCCCUACGACUGCCACGGCUGCGGCAAGAAGUUCAUGUGGCGCGACAGCUUCAUGCGGCACCGCUCCCACUGCGAGGGACGGAGCGGGGCGGCUGGCAGGAGCGAGGAUGGGGGAGGGUCCGACCGCACUGAUGGCAUCUCCCCACAGCAUCUCCCUCUCUCGACCAGCGAGGCCGGUCACGGUGUCGUUGGUGGCAGGAGUGGGAUCUCUGUCUUGUCCCCACAUCAUUCCAGUACAGGUAGCAGCAGUAAUGCUGUCUCUUGCCUGACCAUGGCCAGUUCUGGAGUGCUCUUAGGGGUCAACUCUCAGAGCGUGAUGCAGGGUCAAGGUUCAUCUGUGUUUGGUCUGGGGGUCAGCCGAGGUGGGUGUGAGGAGGAAGUGGGUGAGGUUGGUGCUAAUGAUAGUGUCACUUAACCAAAUGGGUGAACAACACGAGUGUUUUAAGACGAGAGGCUUUGGAGAGGCAUUCCAAUGACCAUUGGAAAGUGCCCCCCUUUGGCAAAUGGCUCGGGACCAUUGUACAGUUCAGUAUACUCUUAAAUGUCAAGUGUAUUCUCUGUAUGACUGUUUUGUGGCACAUUCCAUGUCAAGAAAACCAAAAAUCAAGAGACAAUGACUCACCAAUGACAGCUUUGGCAAAAUGUUAACUAGAGUUCGAGAGGAAAGUUGCUGUUGUAAGUGAUGUGUACUAUAAUAUUAUACGCCUUUUCUGCCAGAGAAUGUGCAUUUCAAGUAAAAGUGUCAGAAGAAGACACUUGCAGUACUGCCAUCUUGUUUCACACUGGUGAUGUGUCCACUAUCCAAUUGCAGUGUUACAGUACAGUAUUACUGUAAAUAUAAUCCUAUUAUCAGUUAUUAAUCUGUUACCAUUAUGAUAGGUGCUAUACUAUACAGUGUAUAGUGCGUUUUACAAGUAAUCCUCAUAAGUAUUGAUGGUAGACAUUUACAUUUAAGUCAUUUAGCAGACGCUCUUAUCCAGAGCGACUUACAAAUUGACAAAGCAUUAGUCUGGAGAUUAGGUUUCUUACAGAUCUUUCCUCACUCAAACUGCCAAAUUCCAAUGCAUGCCUUGAGAGACAUUGACUACUAUUAACAGUGGAGUGGCUAAACAAAGCAGUAUCCACCAUGGUUCUGUAUGUUUUAACCGAGGUUUUACCUUCUAUGAAGGCUCUGGAUAUAUUUUUAUGCAGGAGAAAAAACUAGUCUGGAUCUAAGAGGAAGACGUUGUCUUUCGUCUAUACUUAUCUGUUAAGUCAGGAUUGGUAAAAUGUAUGAAAGAUGUAGCUCGUGUUUGCAGCAGUUUGAUGGAUGAAAUUGCAUUUGAAGUGAGCUUAAACUAAGUGUAUAUAAAAUAUAUUUAUGUUUGAUAGAUUUAUCAAAUAGGGAAUAUAGAACUAUUACUAAUUUGUCAUUUGACUGCCUUACUAUAGCAUAUGGGUGUAAGGUUAGAACUUGAUGAGCAAAAAAUGACUGUAUAAAAUAAUUGAAAUACUGAGCUAUAUUGUAUCCCCCAAAAAAUUAUUGGGAAAUGAUUUUAUACUAAUACAAUUGCUCAGAGAAAGAUUUUGUUUUAACAAGUAAUAUUUUUUAUUCUCAAAAGGUAGGCUCAAAAUUAUCGACAACACUGUUUUCAAUACCUUACCUUGCGAGGAUAACAGCACUGAACCUUUCUCUAAAAUGUUUUAUGAGUUGGAGAACACGUUACGAGGGAUCUUGGACCAUUCCUCCGUAUAAAAUCCAUCCAGAUCCUUUGUCUGUGCUUAUGUCAAGUCCGGAGAUAGACUAAGGUAAACGCGGCAUCAUGACCUUUACCCAGAACCAGGAAAUGUAUGCCAAAAACCUGGUAACCUCCAGUGGUGUAAAAUACUUGAGUAUUUUUUUGUGAAUAUCUGUACUUUACUAUUAAUAUGACAACUUUUACUUCACUACAUUCCUAAAGAAAAGAAUGUACUUUUUACUCCAUAAAUUUUCCCCGACACCCAAAAGUACUCAUUACAUUUGGAAUGCUUAGCAGGACAGAGAAAUGGUGAAAUUCACACACAACAUUCCUGGUCAUCCCUACUGCCUCAAUCUGGCGGACUCACUAAACACAAAUGCUUCAUUUGUAAAUGAUGUCGGAGUGUGUUCCUGGCUAUUCUUACAUUUAAAAAAAUAAAAUGGUGCUGUCAGGUUUGCUUAAUAUAAGGAAUUUAAAAUUAUUUAUACUUUAUAUUUUUGCAAUUACAUUUACUUUUGAUACUUAAUAUUUAAAACAAAAUACUUUUACUCAAGUAGUAUUUUACUGGGUGACUUUCACUUUAGUCAUUUUCUAUGAACGUAUUUUUAAUUUGACUAAAGUAUGACUAUUGGGGACUUUUUCCACCACUGGUUGCCUCUGUCAGGAAUAUGAAACUUGUCCACAAGUGGAUCUUCCAGCAAGACAAUAACCCCAAGCACACAUCAAAAUCCACAAAGUCAUGGUUAAUUGGACACAAAAUAUUUUUUUUGCAGCGGCCCUCUGUCUCCAGACUUGAAAUCCAUUGAAAACCUGUGGUUUGAAUUGAAGACGGCAGUCCAUAAAUGCAGACGAAGGAUCCUGUAUGGAGGAAUGGUCUAAGAUCCCUCCCAAUGUGUUCUCCAACUCAUAGCUUUGUUUUGAUAACGGCUCAGUGCCUUUAUCCUCACAAGGUGAAGUAUUGAAAAACAGGUAAAAAAAGCAAUUUCUCUGAGCAAUUGUAUUAGUAUAAAAUAAUAACUUCCCUUUUAUAGCUAGCUCAGUGUUUGAAUUAUUUGUCAUUUUUACUGAUCUUUAUCAAGGUUGUCUAAUUUCAGACUUCACUAUAUAAAGUGCUUCUGGUCAAUAGCGAGUUUUGUAUUGACAGGUGUGAGUCACAGGCUCAAAAGAAAGAAGUCUAGACUCCCUCUUAAUACUUAAGUUGGCUGCUAUUUGUGUGGGAUUGAAAGGGAAUUCCAUUGACUGUUCAGUAACUUGCCUGGCUGCAUUUCAUAGCAUUUAAACCACAUAAUGAAUUCAACUUCAUGUACUGUAGCACCUUUUCAUCAAAUCUCAAAGUUGGUACCAUUGUAUGAGGCUUAGCAGCCGGUAUUCAGUUGUCAUCUUUAUGGCAGGACAAAUACCUUUUUUUCAUCAAGAGAAAAUUGUGAGGAAAAAUGUAGAAAGCUUGUAGCUACUGCACACUAGGUCUGAAACAACGAUACUGUUCUUUGUAUCUUCUGAAUAGUGCAUAUUUUGGGUUUCAUUUUAUUUGAUAUUGAACACACGAUUGUUGUUGCACAUGCUUAUAGAGCCGGAGUUGUCUGUCAGACAUUGUUACCGUAGGCCAAGUACAUCAAUGUUAUCUUUACUAACCUGUAUCAAAAGGCAAAAUAAAACUGGUGUAAUUUAGCAAGCUG